AUGCCUGACACUGAAGCAAAAACUAAAUUCGAAACCAGACGGCAAUCGGUAAAGGAAGGGGGAAGGUUAGAACAGCAUUUAAAUGAUGCUGGCGAAAAAUUUAUCGGAACUGUUAAGCAUGGCAUAGACACAGUUCUUCAUCCUUCAUCCAGAUCGAAGAAGGGAGCUAUUAAUAAUCAUACGUCCAAUAUUAUUCGUGAACUUUCGGAGACUGAACAGGUACAAUACAAUACAAUACCGUCGCUUUAUAACUAUACGGAAGAAAAUAUUAAUUACUUUGAACUUAAAGGAGCUCUUAUUGGUUGUUACGCAUUCUGA